AUGGGUUUGGUGAACCUCUUGGCAGAGGGUGAUACUUUAUGUGUGGAAUCUCUCAUGGAAAAUGAGACGCGCCACUCUCUCUACCUCAAAUGGAACCAAGGGUUCAUGUCCUUCAUGCUGGAUCGUCACCCAACCUACAAUGCACUUGCUCCCUUUGCAAAACACGUGACAAGUGCUGCCAAUACCCCAGCUGCAUUCAUUUGCACCUGUAAGGAAAUGUACACUGCAACCAAGUGUAUGAACGCCAACGCCCUGGACCUCCUCGACACAACUGUGUACUAUCAGGUUGUCACAGCUAUCCUCAAGCACUGGCAAGACUAUUACAUGGAAGCGAAAGCUGAUGCCAAAUGGGAUAUUCGGGAUGCAUUCAAGGAAAUCCAGGAUGCAGCAGGUGCCGAUGCACAAACUAUACGUGUUACCUCACACUUUCAUAUUGUCCACACAGACAUUAUGGUUCAGAAUUGGGACACCCUUCAAGCCUUAGAGAAUCUCAAGUAUUAUAUUAUCUGGACUCCUAUGGUUGAGCACUGGCUUAUGAUGUUCGCGGUAUGGCUUCGGAGCCUCAAGGAAUAUGAUAUGGUGCUCAUCACAUCAACCUUUUGCACACUCUACAACGGCAUCAUGGUUGAGAACCAGGACGAGAAGACAAUGUUCGAGGACGUGCUCAGAGGACCUUAUGAUGACGAGGAGAAGCACGAAAUUCGGAGUUACAUAGAAUUGCUUCAGCAACUCAAGAAGCGACCAGGUCUGGUACCUUACAUGGCAUGGCUUAAGACCAAACAAGCCCAGAACCUCAUACUAGGCACCACCCGGAAGAAGACACCUACUGAGGAUACAGUCCCACCUCCUCCUCUCCAAUCGGAUGCCUCAGAAGAAUCUUGUACCUCGACAGCAUCUUGUACCUCGGCAGCAUCUCAAGGCUGCAUGGCCUCUGGCUCUGCCUCCAAGAAGACUCCUAAACUGAAGCCGACUCCAGACCCCAAUGCCUCGAAGCAAUCCGCCGCGAAGGCCUCGAAGCAAUCUGCCAAGCAAUCCGCCGUGAAGCAAUCUGCCGCCGCCAAUGCCUCGAAGCAAUCUGCCGCCACAAAUGCCUCGAAGCAAUCUGCCGCUGCCGCCAAUGCCUCGAAGCAAUCUGCCACGAAGCAAUCCGCCGCCGCCAAUGCCUCAAAGCAAUCGGCCGCCAAAUCCUCGAAGCAAUCGGCUGCCAAUACUACAACGAAAUCCAACCAGAAGAAGACAACCACCGCUGCCUCAACCACUGACCAGCCUGCUGCUACUGUUUUGAUGAAUUUGCUGGCUAUAAGAAAUCAUGGAAGAAUUGAUAGGGUCAUCUUGUGUGUUGUCGUGUACUGGUACUGCGGAACAGAUGAUAGGGUCAUCUUGUGUGUUGUCUAG